AUGGACUCAUCACUGCACGACAUUCCCUCACCAUACUUUCUCACCUCUACCCACUCUCCUUCUUUCGAAACAAAAGAUCUCCAAGACUCUUGCUAUAUCGACCCUCAGGACCCUUUUGCUGUUUCAUUCUUCUACGGGCAAGAUUAUACCCCGUCGUACGGCUCACCGCAAUCAUCGAUCUACGAAUCAUCGUCUAGUAUUAGUGAUUACGAACCUUUGUCCGACGAAUAUUCCUCCUGUGGCAGUUCUGUAUUAUCUAGCCCCAACAUACCCCAGGAAUUUCUCGAAGAAGAACAACGAAGGAAUUCAUUCGAAUUCAGCGAAGAAUUCGAAACCCAAGACUUUGUUCAUAGUCACUUGGACUUUGCCAACUUUGCUCCAUUCCCACAAAUGUCUCCCGAUCAAAUCAUGACGAGGGAAAACAAUCCAUUCGGAUCAUUGAAAUUGAACACAAACAUAGCAUCGCUAAGCAACGACGAAAACAAUACCAUCCUAACGCCAAAUACACAUGCUGCUCUGGAAGCCAUAGUUGCAGAACAUUCUCGUUUGAAUGCCCCGACUCUCAACCUGUUUCCCGCUACUCCCAUCACGCCCACCAAAGCACAGGCCAUUGCCGAUAGUCUAUAUCCGAACGUACCCCCAAUGGCAAGAAUGGUUACCGAGGAAACAAGGCACGACAUGGAUACCAGUAAUAACAACGGCACUAGUACAACUGCUGGUACGAACACUGCAACCUCCACUACUGCAACGUCGCAGACCACUGCUACAACCAAACCCUCUCGAUCGCAUCGCAAACAACUCCCGGUGGACAUGGUACAACGUCUACAUACAAUGAACCUCGCUCCUCCCAAACCGUCUCGCAAAUCCAGAUCGUCAGCUCCGUUCCAUUGUCCACACGGCGAUUGUCCGAAAACCUUUACCCGUCAAUACAAUCUCAAAUCUCACCUCAGAACACAUACAAACGAACGUCCGUUCGUCUGUGGAUAUCAAGGAUGUACGAGAGCAUUUGCAAGACAACAUGAUAGGAAGAGGCACUAUAACUUGCAUUUGGGUUUCAAACCACAUGUCUGCUCGCAUUGUGGAAGAGCAUUUGCGCGGUUGGACGCCUUAAACAGGCAUUUGAGGAGCGAUUCAGGUGCUCCGUGUGCUCAGGCUGUCUUGCCUAAUGGUGGUGCGAAAAAGUUUAAGCCGGUUAACAUGUGA